AUGGCCACAGAACACAAGGACACAAUUCGACAUCUGGUAUGGCCCCGGCUGCGCGAGGUCGCCAAUCCUGAUUCCCGGUUUCACUAUGAUUUUUCAAACUUCAUCGCCGACUUCCAGGGCUCGGAUAUUGCCACAGAACGAUUGGCUUCAUUGCCCUGUUAUGUAAAUGCACGAGUGGUCUUCAUCACGCCAGACAAUUGCUUGGAACGCCUUCGCUUUCGAGCUCUUUGUGAUGAUAAGAAGGUCCUGGUCACAACGUAUGGUAUUCGUCGAGGAUUUUGGCUCCUGGAUCCCACCACCAUCAAGACCCGAGAACACAGACAGCUGGCAAGUUUGUUGGAUGCAAUGGAAAGACCUGGUCUGGGCAAACAUGUCACGCUUGCUGAGAUGCAGAGUCUUGGUCUCGAAGUCGACUUGAUGGUGACUGGCACUGGAGCCAUCAAUUAUUCUGGCAUCCGUUUCGGAAAAGGCCAUGGAUUCUUCGACCUUGAAUGGGCUUUACUGACAAGCGUCCACGUCGUGAAGUUUUCUGUUCCUUGCAUAGCUGUUGUUCAUGACUCUCAGCUUCUCGACCAUGAAUUACAUGCCGAAGAUUUCGAUACUGUCUGUGACUAUAUCAUCACGCCUUCUAAGAUCGAAGAAAUCGCAGCACAAGGAGCUGUGCGAAAACCCACCUGUGGUGUAUUGUGGGAGAAAUUGCAACCGGGCAUGUUGGAGGACAUUCCUCCUCUGCAGGAGCUGAAAGUCCUCCAAGACGGAAAAUGA